AUGCUCAACGGCACAGAGUUCUUGCUUCGACCUGCACUGGGCGUCCCUGCUGCCGUGACGGUGCGCGACCUGAGGCUGCAGUACAGUAGCCGAGCACCUGCGGUCAUCGACGGUGCCAACCUUACCGUACCUAAGGGCGUCAUCUACGGCCUCCUAGGCGCCAGCGGCUGCGGCAAGACGAGCCUGCUCAAGUGCCUGGUCGGCCUGUGCAAGCCGAACUCCGGCAUGGUGCUCGUGUUCGGCAAGGAGCUGCAUAAGGGACUCGUGCCUGGACCAGGCGUGGGGUUCAUGCCACAGGAGCUCGCUCUGCACGAGGACUUCACCAUCGCGGAGAACAUGUACUUCUUUGGCCAGCUGCUGGGAAUGCCGUGGGAACUCAUCUACAACAGGAUCAACUUUCUCUGCUCUUUCUUCCAGCUGCUGCCCGCCAACCGAUUCGUCGCAAACCUCAGCGGUGGGCAGCAGCGGCGCGUGUCGCUGGCGGUGGCGCUGAUCCACUCGCCGCCCUUCCUGAUCCUGGACGAACCAACCGUGGGACUGGACCCGGUGCUACGAGACGCUAUCUGGCGCUACUUCGUGGUGCUGUCGCACGAGCAGGCCACCACCAUUGUGGUCACCACGCACUUCAUCGAGGAGAUCGCCGACGCCGCCCUCGUGGGAAUCAUGCGCAACGCCAAGAUCUGGUGCGAGAAGCCACCCUCGGAGCUAAUCAGCCUGUACGGACCGGGCACACUGUCCGACGCCUACCUCAAGGCGUGCCGCCGACUGGACUUCCCCGACGAGACGGACCCCUCACCUCCCCCGCAGCCGGUGAAGCCGCUCGAUGUGAAGCUGGCCAGCAUUCCGGACGCCCUGUUGACUUGGAAGAACUGGGCCUCGGUGCGCUCCGUCACCCGAGUUCGGGCGCUGGUCGCCAAGAACCUGCUCAAGAUCAUGCGCCGACUCGUCACCAUCGUGUUCCAGCUCGUGAUGCCGUCGUGCGUCGGCGUCGUCUUCUGUCUUUCGUGGGCGGCAACCCGACCGGCCUGCCCAUGGCGGUGGUCAACGACGACCCGGGGGGCAUGUACGGGAAUACUUUACUCUCGUUCAUCGACCACGACAUCAUCACUCAGAAGCCGUACCCGAACCUCGACGAGUCGUUCGCUGCCGUGCGGAGAGAGGAUGUUUGGGGCACCAUCCACAUACCCAGGAACUACACCGACAUACUCAAGCGGCGACUACACGAUCCGAAACGCCAUCGUCAAGGAGCUCUACCGGGCCAACGACGAGGUGCUACAGUACGCCACCAGCAGGUUGAUUAACAAGAGCCUUUCCAUCGAGCUGCUCAAGAUAUCCGACCCGUUCUACCAAGCCUUCGACUUCACCUUCCGGGAAUUCAUGAGCCCCGGAAUUAUCGCCUGCACUUUGUUCGCACUGUCCAUCACGCUCACGGCGCUGCUGCUGGUCAGCGAGGACCAGGGAGGGAUUCAAGGACGGUGCGCCGUGGCAGGGCUGAGCACCACCGAGGUGAUAAUAGGGCACGCGCUGGUGCAGACGGCGCUGGCCUACGUGCAGACCGUGUUCAUGCUCGUCGUGUUCGUCAGCGUGUUCGACACACCCGUGCGCGGCUCCAUCGUGGUGGCCUUUAUCAUUCCCGUCUUCAUGUCAUUCACCGGCAUGAACUUCGGGUUCUUCACGUCGUCGGUGUCCAAAGACGAGGCAACGGCGCUGCUGAUGUCCAUGGCUGCCCUCUACCCUGCGCUGCUCAUGGGAGGGGUGCUGUGGCCGGUGGAAGGGACUCCGACCGUUCUUCGGCCAGUGAGCUACGCGGUUCCGCAGGCGCUGCCCGUGCAUGGACUGCGGGGCGCCAUGCUGCGAAACUACACUCUCGCCAACCGCCAAGUGCAUUACGCCAUCGCUGCCAACGUCGGCUGGACGCUGGCAUUGCUGCUGCUCGCCAUCUUCACAUUCUCAUACACGGCCAAGUAGAACACGGGGGAGGGGGGGGGGGGGAACCUCAUCGGCGUUCCAUGCAUCUCUCCAUUCCGACAGAGAGCAGUCGAUUAAAAAUGCAGCGUCAUCAGUGUCACGAUCAACACCAUGUCUGCUAAUUUGUGAACAGCAAAUGUGUAUGGAAUUUAUUAAUAGACUGGCGAAAUAAACUUUCUCAAGACGGGUUAAGCUACAGCGCCGCUGGCACAUUCAGAAGGAAAAUAAGCCCACAUGUGCGCUUACACGGAGCUGAUCGUUUCAU